AUGCCCAAAAGAGAAUUUCCUUUCGAUCAAUCCUGUCCAAUGCAGCUCAAGACUCAUGUGAACACUACUGAAUUUGAGAAGUCAAACAACAUGAAAAACGUUUAUGGUAGGUACCUGACUGAAUUAAAAUUGUGCAAACGGCUUUAACAUGGCUUUUUAAAAUCGGUUUCGAUCAAAAAUAAUUUCUGCUUUUGAAACACUUUCAGCGAAAACACUUGAAGCUUUGCGAGAAGGAAUGGAGCGAUACGAGAAUGGUGAAAUUGAGGAAGGAAUAUGCAAUGAAACCGUCAACUGUGAUCGUUGUCGCCAAACGAAGACUGGUCGCGGUGUGAAGUGUACGUUCUGUGAACGGAACGCAUGCGACGAUUGCAGGCGAGAGUGUGCACACUGCGACAAGAUGUUUUGUCUUUUGUGUUUGGUUGCCAAGUAAGUUGUAGCUAGUUUUGGUCUGAUGUUCUUACUAGUAGUGCAUUUAUUAUUUUGAACAAAUAAUUACAUUAUAAAUAUCAGACGGUUAUGAACUAGUAAGAAUUUGUUUAUUUUGAUUGACUUUGCUUAAUUUUAUUUUGCUUUCUUCGAGUUGAUUAUCAGGGACUGUUUGAUCUCUUAUGACAUGUAUGAUUUACAAUCUAUUCCAGCGUCCAUGAUUUUAAAAUAAGUAAUCCGUUAAAAACUAUUGUUCGAUUCAAAGUUCAAAUGUGUAACCGUACGACGGAAACAAGUAAACGAUAGUUCACACUUUGAAAACGGUUUCAAAAGCAUUUUACCCGGAUAGGUUUGUUAACUGUGCAUUAUAAGAAACCCUGUGGUUAUGAAAUGUUUCGUUUCCCAUAACCCAACCUACCCAUUUCUGGAAAAGUAAAUACAGAAAAAAAACUGGCACACUCUUUGAACAGCAAAAUUUCAAUAGUUACAAUAUAAUGGGUCAAUCAAUUUGAAGAACACUGCCCCUCCCUCACGCCCUCUCUCUGGGCAUUUGAAAUUUUAAAGAUUGGUAUUAUACAAAUUUUUGCACCCACUGGGCCAAAAUUGCAUUCAAUUGCCUUAUGUAAGCAUAUUUUUUUAUUGAAUGUUUCCCUGUGUGAUCAAUUAAUAUUAUAGAAUUUCUCAAAGUAAUGUUUUAGGUUUUGGUGCUGGAGCAGGGGUCAAAAUCAAAUACCAGUGGGUUAUCUGAGGGAGGGGUGGGGGGUGUUGAAGCUUUGAAUUGAUUUGCCCAUAACUUAAAUUCAAAUUCUCUAUUCUAUUUCAAAGCAGAUUAUUGAGACUAAAUUUUCAAUGGAAAAUGUUUAUGGCAAAUUUCUUACCAAUAUAUUAUGUUGCAAAUUUUCUUAUUAAGAAUAAAAGCUACCAAUCAAGCCUGUACAUUCCGACUUAACUUAAACUCGGGUUCCUUUCAUCAGUUAUCACUGUUAUCUUAUGUUACUUUUUGUCCAAUGGACUAACCAAAUUUGACAAAAAAAUGACAGAAAUGGGUUUAUGAAACAUUUUAUAGCAAUGGCCUUAGGUUGGUGGAGAUACAGACAAGAUUUUCAUUUCUUUCUAAAAAUUCUGUAAAUUUUUCUCAGACUUUGCAAAAAGAGAAUUAUUGAGGCCCAUUAACCAAGAAUAAUGAUACUGCCCAUUGCUUUAACCCUUUAACUCCCAAGAUCUGAUUGUUAAUUCUCCUCUCUAGCUACUACACAUUUCCUUGUAAAUUAGUUAUGGGAACUUGGUGUGAGAUCAAGAUAGCAGCUUCUACCUAUACCUGAUAAGUUUGAAUAAUCUCAUUACCUAUUUGCUGGAGAAUUUAUGGAUAUUAUAGUGAGAAGUUUCAUGUUAAUCACUUCUGGGAGUUAAAGGGUUAACCAAGGUUUUAAUUGGAGCUUUACCUCAUAAUCAUAACAUGAAAAUGUAAUUUACAUUCAACAUAUUUUAUUUUCUGUAUUAUUUGUACUUAUUUCAUUUUCAUAACUUUAUAAUUAUUUAUUAUUUUCAGCUAUGAUGAGAGGUAUGAACGAUAUUUUUGUCUUGGAAAUUUACCUCAGAGAGAUGCUGGAAUACAUCAUAUCUAAAAACAAAACAAAAGCUGAUCUUAUAUGCUGAGGUACUUCAUGGUAAAAACCAUUGAUCUGUGAAGUUGAUAUAAUGAUAUACAGCUUGGCAUUUGCUCUAUUAUGCACUUGGUCUGAUUUUGCUUGUUGAGUGUUUAAAAAAAACCACCUCCUCUCAAUCAUGUUCCACAUUGUAAUUAA